UUUUCCGGAAGGCGGCCAAUGAAGCUACAUGCGGAGGCUUUUUAGUUUUGUUGAAUUGCUGUUUUCUUCAAAUUAACUGAUAAAAACUGUGCUCUUAAUCUUAUUACAACAAUGACGGAAGAAGUAAACCCAAAGGCUUAUCCGCUGGCGGACCAAGCGCUGACGUCAAAAAUAAUGACCCUAAUCCAGCAGGCCGUUAACUACAAACAGCUCCGUCGCGGUGCCAACGAGGCAACCAAAACGCUCAAUCGUGGUCUGUCGGAGUUUAUCGUCAUGGCUGCCGAUGCCGAGCCGCUGGAAAUCAUUCUCCAUCUGCCACUGCUGUGUGAAGAUAAGAACGUACCGUACGUGUUCGUGCGCUCGAAGCAAGCCCUCGGUCGUGCCUGUGGGGUUUCACGCCCGAUCGUGGCGUGUUCGGUAACCAUCAAUGAGGGCUCACAGCUAAAAUCACAGAUUGUAACCAUUCAGCAGGAGAUCGAGCGUUUGCUGGUUUAAAACUAAGGUACAAAUUAUACACUUGAAUCAUUUCAUCUAUGUGAGUAGAUCUAUAUGAUAGGAAAUUACGACACAGAUGUUUAAUAAAUAAGCAUUUAAAAAA